CACCUUUCCCGGUGAGAAAGUUUUGAUUUGAAAAGUGAAAUCCCAGAGAAACCUGGCGCGUCAUGCUUCUGCAACUGCAACCGUAACAAACUAACCCGAUCAUCACCGUUCCCAUUCAAACCCUAACUAACAAACCGUGCGAACCCACCGCCACAAACAAAACCCUAACCCGAUGGAGAACCGAACCCAGGUUCGGUGCCCGGAGAACCAAGAGCUGGCCAACUACGUGUGGAACAAGUGGAAGGAAAUGGCGCAGCAACCCAAAGGAAUUUCGGACAACAUGGAAAUGACCCUUUCCAAGGCACACUUCAAUGUCUCUACCUCCAAAACUCCGAUUCGAACCAUCAAAGAUUUUUCUCAAGUCAAGGGUGUGGGGAAAAUGAUAUUGAGGCUCAUGCAGGGAUUUUUUGGGACCGGUUCUGGUGGUUCUGAACCAGAAGACUUGACUAAAAAGGGAAAGAAAACUAAAGGAACCAAAAGGUAUAUGCCUCAGAGGAACUCAGUGGCAUAUGCAUUGUUGAUAACCCUAUACAGGGGAACUUCAAAUGGGAGUGAAUUUAUGCGUAAACAGGAACUUAUUGAUGCUGCUGAAGCUAGUGGGCUAUCUCGAGUGCCAAUUGCGCCAGAAAAAGGGAAAGGAAAACCCGGACAUUUUGGAAGUUCUCCACAGGAUUGGUAUAGUGGAUGGAAUUGCAUGAAGACCUUAAUUGCUAAAGGAUUGGUUGUAAAAUCAAGUUGCCCUGCUAAGUACAUGCUAACUCAAGAAGGUAAGGAAGCUGCAUGUGACUGUCUUGCAAGAUCUGGAAUGGCAGAAUCUCUAGAGAAGUUGGCUUCUGUUGAAAUUCCUUCUUAUACGGAUAACCAAAACUCAUUGGAUGUGGAACUCAAUGGUCAUGACUUGGAAGCAGAGAUGUUGUCACCAUUGACCGAGCAAAAGAAGCCGAUGGAUGUUCCUCUUGAUUGCCUUGAGAGGUUUACUCGAAUGGGUUACUCCAAGGAACACAUUAUUAAUGCCUUCACUGAAGUUUCCAGAAGUCAUCCAAAUAAAGAUGUUUCAUCUUUGUGGCCGGCUGUUUUAUGUCAUCUUCGAGAGGAACAAGUCUAUGGUUCACGGCCAGAAUCUCAAAGGUCUACAGACCUCAUUGGAAAAGAGACCAGAACUUUGACCUCAUCUUGCGGUGGGCAUGUGCCAAACUUUUGCUCUAGUGAUAUUCCUUCAUUUCCCUUGAGAGCUUGCUCAACAGCUGACCAACCCAUGCAAAAUCCUAACAAGGAUGAACUUCUAUCAAAGAUGAAUAUUUUAAAUGUGCCACCAUUGAGCUUGGGUGAGAGAUUUGAGGAUGCUUAUGACAUAAUUUUAAUAUUGGAUGAUCGAGAGCAAUUUGCCACACAAGGAUCAAGAUCCAGGAAAAUUAUUGAGAAUAUCCGCAGCCAAUUCAAAAUCCAAAUAGAGGUUCGACGAUUGCCAGUUGGAGAUGGGAUUUGGAUAGCGCGCCAUAAAGCUUUUGACAGUGAAUAUGUAUUGGAUUUUAUUGUUGAGAGGAAAAAAAUUGAUGAUCUGCGCAGUUCAAUCCGGGAUAACCGCUAUAAGGAUCAAAAAUUAAGACUUCAGAGGUGUGGGCUGAAGAAGCUGAUAUAUCUUGUUGAAGGUGACCCAAAUUCUUCUGAAGCUGCUGAAAGCAUAAAAACUGCUUGUUUUACAACAGAGAUUCUGGAGGGAUUUGAUGUACAAAGAACAAGUGGCUUAGGUGAUACCCUAAGGAAGUAUGGUUAUCUUACCCAAGCAAUUUCUCAAUAUUACAAGUCAGAAAUUUUUGAAGAGAGUGUAAAAUGCUCUGGGAUAUGUCCUCCUUUUGAUGAAUUUAUUAAAAGGUGUCAAGACCUUGAGAAAACGACAGUUAGUGAUGUAUUUGCCAUCCAGCUUAUGCAGGUCCCACAGGUUACGGAGGAGGUUGCCAUGGCUGUGUUGGACAUGUUCCCCACACUUUUCUCUCUUGCCCGUGCUUACUCACUACUCGAUGGCGAUACUUGUGCCCGGGAGGAUAUGCUUCAAAAGCAGAGUAACAAUGUGAUCAAUGCAGUUGCCAGUAGGAACAUUUUUCAGUUCGUUUGGGGCGGCUGACUUGCAUUUUCACUAAAGCAAUGGUAUCACUGAUUUCUGGGACCAUCGAAUUCCACAGCCACGCCAUGAUCAUGGAGUCUUCUUCAUCCCAUGAUUUGAAUUUGGGAUCUGUUUCAUCAGGUGCAUUACCAG